CACAGUGAGUAGCUAUUAGGUUAGGCAGUCCAUGGAAAACCUUAUUCUGCAACCGCCUCACGGCACAAAAGAAAAUACUAACAAGCGUUUAAAAAGUGUGGCAUCACAGUCUCUGAUAGAAGAUUUACCCGAUGAGAUACUAUCUGAAAUCCUAUAUUGGCUGAAUACCAAAUUGGCUUUCGAAACAUGCCUUGUUUCCAAGAGAUGGUACCGUUUAUUCCACUCACUCGAUUUUUUCUUCUUCACCGAUGCAGGCGUCAAUUGCGCAGAGAACAGGGUUGAUUUACUUCGAUUCGUUAACUCUGUUAUCUUCUCCCCACACUAUCAGCACCUUCCCAUCAAACAUUUUAUUCUCGAUUUUCAAUUCCAAAUCUGGGAUGCCGAUGACCAUAUCACUUUCAACCAAUGGGUGGAAGCAGCUAAACGACGUCGCGUCAGUGAUCUCGAUCUACACCUCAUAAAUGUCCCUUUAGCGCCUUCCAUUUUCUGCUUCAAAACACUAAUCAAGCUCAGACUAAUUGGAAUAAGUAUAGGCACUUUGCUUCAUUCUUCUGUUGAUCUUCCUUUGCUGAAAUCCCUCUAUAUGCAUACCGUUACUUUUCAUAAUAGAGAGGAUUCCAUGAAACUUGUUUCUGGGUGUCCCCAAUUAAAGAGAUUGAUUGCUAUGUUUAUUAGCGUAUCAAAUGAAUCCGUUACAGCUGGGUAUUAUAAACCCUUGUCCAACUUAUUUGAAUCCGCUAUCUGGUUAUUUGAGGUUCCCUUCAAUGCUGUAUAUAAUGUCCUAUGUUUAGGCCUAUUAGGGUUGGGGCGUAAUGUUGCUAACAUAGAAACCAGUUCAUAUUACAAAGACUUCCCGGUGUUUGGAAACUUAACUGAACUUUAUCUAACUUGGAGUUAUAAUGCCGACCUUCAUGAAUGGGAUGAGGUAUUGAAAAUGCUCCAUAAUUGUCCCAAACUUCAAUCCCUCAACAUUUACAAGCAAAGUUCGCCAAACAAAGAGGAUUGGAAAUACCCAUAUCAAGUUCCUCAAUGUCUUUCCUCUCAUCUAACCAAAUGUGACAUUCAACGCUAUGAGCCUUUGGAAGCUGAUUUUCGAUUUGCAACAUAUAUUUUGCAAAAUGCGUUACAUUUACAGGUUAUGACCAUUGGUGUUCUUCGCCCAGAACCAACGGAGAGCCCCCAUUUUGUAGAUGAUUUAUUCUCCUCUUCAAGGAUCUCCCCUGCUUGUCAACUCUCUAUUUCUGACCUUCAACUCCCUGAUCUCGUUCUCUAGAUAUCUAUGUGCUAUUUGAUGGUCCAAAUAAAACUAUAUCUACUUUUUUCCUUUGGAUUUUAUUAUUAUUAUUAUUAUUAUUAUUAUUA